GUUCUCACAGCGCGGUAGCGUGAUGGCAGCUGACAACGCGGGCGCGAGAGAUCGCUUGCUCCGCUCGGUGCCAGACGCGUCGAGCUCUAGCAUAUGCUCAACUUCAGUUUGAUACUGCAUUUCGAAUAACAACCCAACUCGCCCACUUCUCCAACGUUCAGCUCUCACCGCAUAGUACCCUCGCUUAAUAUCCCGCGUCACAGUCAGACAGCCAGUGCUGCCCGCACCGAGCACACACCAGCGCACCACAGUCACCCACUCCACCAUCGCCAAACCUCCACUCUCCAACUUUCACUCUCGACAAUGGCACGUAAACGCAAAGUCGCAGACGAAAACCCCACGUCCAAUGGGUCAACGCCUCAACCCAAUGGUGCGAAGAAACGAAAGAUUGACUGGUCGACGGUAGACAAAGAUCUCAGCUUCAAGAUUACAGCAGUCACUGUCAGGAAACAAAAGAAGCCAAGCAGAUCAGCAAAAUCAAAGCAGGGCACUGGAAAUGGGCACGUCAGCGACUUCGACGCGCCCUUAGACGCAGAGACCACGCAGCCAAAUCCAUAUCCCGAGACGCAACUACCCGAGCUACACGUUAAGAUAACGCCUGCACUGUACUGGGAGGCUAUGCAGCGCUAUCGGAGGUUUACCGUUAACGGUGAGGAGUUCAAAGUCGGUCAGAUGGUCUUUGUGAAGAAGAGCGAAGAAGAUAAAAUCGCAGAAGGUCCAGGCGCGAUUGAGCAUUGGAUUGCCAAACUUCUGGAAGUCCGCGGCGGAGACCCCACCCAUGUCUUUCUCAGAGUCUACUGGGCAUACCGGCCCGAGGACAUACCAGGUGGACGACAAGCGCAUCAUGGCGACAGCGAGCUGAUAGUGAGCAAUCACAUGGACAUCAUUGACGCUUUGUCAGUGGAGUCAUCCGCAGACGUGGUGUAUUGGGACGACGACCCGGACAGCCUCGACCUCAAGACAGAUCAGCUGUUUUUCCGCCAGAAUUACGACAUUACAAAGCGCGCCAACAGCCAAUUGAGCAAACUGAAAGCGUACUGCAUCGACAAGAAGCCCUGUAAUCCGGACGAGCUUCUUCUACAAUGCCCACAAUGUUCAGAGUGGCUUCAUGCGGACUGUCUCAAGAAGCGAGCACUUCAAGACGCAGCACCGCAAUUGAAGAAGCGGGGCCGACCUAGCCAAUUUCAAGCCUCCACCACCUUGGAUGCAAGAAUUAAGACGCAAGACAACAAGGCCCGCCUGACAAUAUUAGAAAGACGCGACGGGAAGCCGAAACGCAAGUGGGACGUGGACAUACUAUGUCUUGUAUGCGGCGGGAUGGUAGAGGAAGCCAGCGAUAAAGCUUUCAAGGAGGUGCCUGAGACUUCAGGUUCUCAAUUCAACUCCGAUAUCUCUGAAGACGACAAGGACAACAUCAUGCCCACCCCGGCAUCUGUGGUUGCCAAAGCGCCCAUCCAAGAUGACGAUGCAGACUCAGUCAUCGGCGAUGCAGAGUCAGACCAAGAAGUCGAAGCCAAAGAUCCACCAACAAGCGAUGCUGAGAUCAAGGUGCCAAGAAAGAGGGGCCGUCCUCCCGGAUCCAAGAAUAAGAGGAAGCGCACUCCUUGGGCUUCAACUAAGAAAUCUACGCUGCCGCAUGCCAAAUAUAGGAAAACGGAGACAGGGAAAGAGUGUGUUCCUUCACAUGCUACAUACGAUAUGGAUACGAAUACGGUCGUGGAGAAGACAGGAAAGACGGCAUCCAGAUCUGCGAAGAAAGCGACAGCUACGACAACCCUUGAAUCUACAAACGACGCAACAGCGAGUCUCCAGCCUUUUUCACCACAAGCGGCCCCUUCUUCACCACAAGUGGCAUCUAAACCAACACCACUGAGUCCCAAACCUGCGGAAGAAGUCCUCCCAACUACUGCACACAAAACACCGGCUCCAGUACCCCUUAGCGAAUCAGUCUUCCAGUCCGGCGUACGAUCCGUGAAGAAACUCCUAUGGCGAGUAUCAUAAUAUCACAGCGAGGCCAUUUCAUUAUCAUGUAUAGAUAUCAGGCGUGGUGCAAUGGUAGAUACCCUUUCAUUUGGCGUGCACAUCAUUAUAGAAUACUCUGGUAUUUCGCUCUCUAGCGAGCGUUUCCUCACUACCAAUAUCCGUCAUUAAUUCACUGUUCAACCCACGUAGACGACCAAGUCUU